AUAGACCUAAUUAAUAGACGCAUAUUGGAAUAAUCCUAAUUCAACUUGUUCUCCCUUUAAUGGCGGAACACAGCAUGAUAUUUAAGGUCCCUCGUCACUCGUACUUUGGCCGUGUGCUGGAAAACGGCUCUUCAACUGGUCUUCUGGGCAUGCUGGAAAGAAAGGAGGUGGACAUGACAGGAACAGUUAUGACAGUCAGUGGCCAGCGAAUGAGUGUGAUGCAUUUUAGUUCCCCGCUCUUCAUGGACUUCCAGACUCUCAUCUACCGUAAACCGGGCUUCGAGUCAGACCUCCUGGGGUUCGUCAAGCCGUACACUCUGCAGGUGUGGCUGUGUCUGGCAAGUGCUCUCCUAGUGGUCUCUGCUGGCACCUUCCUGACGCAGAGGAUUUGGUCCAGACUUCUUUACUUCACUUCUGCAGACAGGUCAGAGGGCCAUGAUGGGACCAGUACAAGACAGAAGGAGGUCCAAUGUGGUGACAUCUUCCAAUGGAUCUUCGCUACUUUCGUUGGGCAAGCCAUGGAGUUUGGUGUGCGAGGCAACCUGAUGCGCUUGGCGACUGGCACAUGGAUGGUGAUGGUCCUUAUCGUGGGUAUCGUGUACCGCUCUAAUCUGAAGGCAAUGCUGAUCGCUCCUAAACUGCGCCUCCCCUUUGACAGCAUGGAGGAACUGGUGGAGACUGAUAUACCUUGCCUAGUGUUAGAAGGAUCCAUGAUUCACCAGCUGUUUUUGUCUGCCGAGGCGGGUUCACUGCUGUACCGUCUCCGCAAACAAGCCGUGGUGCACAAUGACAUCCCUCGAGCAAUGGAGGCUACGAAGAUGGGGCAACACGCGACUAUAUCCAGUAGGCUUGGCGCUGAGACUGCCUUCAGCUACUUCUUCACGUUGAGUAAGACGUGCCCUUUGUACAUGACAAGUAAGCCUUUCUUCAGCGCCACCAGCCUCAGCGUCGGGUACCGCAAGGGCUUCCCACUCAGGAGGAAAAUGGAUCAAAUAUUUCGCCACCUGCGGGACACGGGCAUCCUGGGACACCUGUAUGAGCGGGAGCUUCCUAACGCCACCAAGUGCUCCCGGAGACUGUCCCUUGAGAGCGACACACGUAGAGCUCUUGAUCUUGGUGACUUCUUCGGUGUCUUGUGCGUGUAUGGCGGAGGUGUCGCUGUGGCGUCUCUAGUGCUUCUGCUGGAAAUCCUCAGUAGAUGUCGCCCUUUCGUCCCCCGCUAAUUCCUCUGAAGAGUUUUGGCCGCCAUAUUUGUUAAGCCACGCAUGUCAAGCAAUACUAA